AAGAAAACAGAAUCACAAAGAUGUAUAAAAAUAUCUAUUAACUAAAUUGGAUAAAUAAUAGAGGCCUCUUCCAUUGCCAAGACACAAUCAUUUUUUUCUUUUGUGUUCUUUCAGGAUUAACUUUUUAAAAAUUAUUUAGGAUGCUGCCAAUUUCAGACAUCAGAAUUUUGCUUUUAAUCUUUUCGUUGUUAACAAGCACCAAGAGCAAAAAGCUGUUGUCAGACCAGAAAAAGUGUGGUGACCCAGAAUGCGAAACUUCAAUGAGCAGAGUGCUAGCCAUUAAAGACUAUACAGGGCCUGACUGCCGCUAUCUCAACUUCAAAACUGGGGAAGAGAUAAUGGUAUACUUCAAACUCUCCAGGAAAAGGGAAGAUUUGUGGGCAGGAAGUAAAGGUACAGAAUUUGGAUAUUUCCCAAUGGAUGCUGUCCAGAUUGAAGACAUUUUUAUUACAAAAGAAGUAGAAGUGCCAACUAAGGAAACUGAUUUCCUUUGUCUUGAUGGAGAAGAAUAUGUUUUUGAAAAUGAAGAUAGCAUAUUGAAUCAUAAUGACAAAGAAAAUGAAUAUAUACCUCUUUACUCAAAUGAAGAAGAAUCUGAGUUUAAAAUGUCUGAAGAUGAGGUCCUGACACGUGCAGGUAUUUCUUCCCCAAAGGAGUAUGAAGAGACAUCUUCUGAAAAUUAUGAAUUUGACAACAAAUCCAAAGAGCUCCAUACUCAAGAAACUACAAGUCAUGGUGAUUCAGAACUCAGAAACAGCAAAACUAGACAAGAUGAGACUAUUCAGCAAGGAGACCAAGUUAGUCAGACUCUGAAAGUAGUCCCAACUCAGUCUACCUGGACUAUGUCUGGUUUUGCUGAUUGGCUUGGUCUGGGAAGUAAAGAAAAUGAAGAAGCUGUCAGAAAACUCUCACAGACAACAGAAGAAAUUACGUUCAGUCGCAGAAAAAUAGCAAUAACUGAUGACAGUGACUUAAAAACAUUACAUGAAGAGGGUGAAACAGAGCCAAGGAGCGCUAGCUGGUUUAAAAGUACUUUCACAGAUUUGCUGCCUUUUGGAAGUGAAAAAUCAGGACUUGAUUUGCUGUACAAAGAAAAUGAUCCAGAAAUCCAUGACAGCUCCACCAUUGCUGGGAAUGCUGGUAGUUCUGGCCCCCAUGGUAGUUCUAUAGCAUCAGAAACAAGAAAAGAAGAACAUAGCAAUUCUGACCAGUCUAAAUCAAGUUGGUUUUAUCUGGAGUUAAGUGAUGUUUUACCUUUCAGUUAUGCUAAAGAAAACAUAGCCAAACAAAUGUUUGCAGGUGGAGAAGCAGCAGAUCAAAAUGAAGAACAACCACCUCCAAGUGCACAGUCAAGCUUAACAGAUGAAGGCUUGAGAAAGGAAGCAGUCAAACUAAUGCCCUAUGAAGAACAAGACAAAGAAAAAUGUGUUCAGGAAGACCUAGGCAUAGAUGUUAAAAAAAAACAUUCUGAGAUGCAGUUAGCAAAAGAGCAUACAGAUUUCAAGGAUGCAGCAGCUUCAUUUUUUUCUACUGAGCAUAUUGACAACCUACUUUAUCCCUAUCCAGAACAGGAUUCAAUAUCAGACAGUCAAGUUAUGGAAAACAUUAAAGCUAUAACAAAGGAGUCAGAAAGAACAAAUGAACCAAAGUCAGAUAUUUGCAGGGAAAGCAAGCAAGUGACCGCUUUGGUGGAACAUGAAACUAAAUUAAACAUUGUGCAUGAGAAGUGUUUGAAGGAGAAAGUUAAUUUACUUCCAAAACUACACAGACUUGUGCUGGACAUCAGAAAUAAAUGUGAAAUCCAAAAAGCAGAAAAACAUCAUUUGAAUUUGGAUAAGGAACCUAAUGGUGGCCAACAUUCAGAAGCAAAUAAUAUGCCUCUAAUAAAUUCUGAGAAGACAAUGUAUGCUUCAGCAAAAAAGGGGCAACAAAAAAGGGAUUUGAAAGAAACAUUACCAGGAAACAAUCAGGUGACUCAAACCUAUACUAUCAGUAAUGAAAGAGAAAGGCUGUUUCAGAUAACCCUGCAUUUGAAUGACUUCUGUGCCCUUAUAACAUCUGUAUUUUCUGUGAUGACUUCUGCUAGUAAAAAGGUUGUUGAAGCAUUGCCUGAAAAUAUGAAACCUGGUCCAGAUCUUUAUGGCUUUCCAUGGGAAUUGGUGAUUUGUGGUGCAGUUGUUGCCCUUUUUAUUAUCUUUCUUCUAAUGUAUAGGAGUUAUCAGUCGGUUAGAAGUAGACUUUAUGUAGGAAGAGAGAAACAGCUUGCCAGUAAAGUUACUGAACUAGUAGAAGACAAAUGUAAAGUACUGGAAAAACUUAGUCUCUGCAAAAAAGAGUAUGAAGAGUUAGAAAACUCUCUGAAAGAUGCCAGCCUUCUGCAAGGGUCAACCACUACAUCAAACAUUAAGGCAGCAUAUGAAGAACUCAGCAGCUCAAAUGCCGCACUCAGGAAUGAAAUAGAAUGUUUAGAAAAAGAACUGAAAGAAGAGAAGUCUAAACAAUCAGAGCAGGAUGACUUGAUGAUUGAAAUACAGAGAAGAAUGGAAUCUUUAGAAAAUGAAGCAAAAUCUAUCCAGUUGCAAGUAGCUGAAGCAAAGACCACGUUAAAAGUAUAUGAGAUUAAUAGAGAGAGACUGAAGAUGUCUGUCCAAGAUGCGGUAGAGGAAAACAAGCACCUUCAUGAAAGUGAAAAACAGCUCUUACAAGAAGCUGAAGGAUGGGAUGAACGAUUUAGUGAAUUAAGUGAACAAACAAAAAUGUUUGAAUCCUCCAAAACAGAAAUGGAGGAAGCCCUUAAAAACAAGGAAAGUCAAGUCAAGUCACUGACGGAGUGUUUGUUGAAGAUGAAAGACUGGAGUUGUGCAUUAGACGAACAUGCUGCUGCUGAAGAUAACUGUUGCGAUAAUGAUAAAAAGACUGAAACAGAAAAUGGGGAGCACCAGGAUGAUCUGGAAAAACGAACUAUAAGGAAAUUGAUUUAUGCUGCAAAGCUAAAUGCUUCUCUAAAAUCAUUGGAAGCAGAAAGAAAUCAAAUCUAUUCAAAGCUAACUGAUGAAAAAAAAGCAAAAGAGGAACUUGCAGGACGUGUUGAAAGUCUGCAAAAGGAACAUGUCAUGUUGCAGUCUGAAAAUGAUCACUUCGAAAAUGAAGUUCAAAAGCUUCAGCAAAAACUUAAAGUCAUGACGGAGCUGUAUCAAGAAAAUGAAAUGAACCUCCACAGGAAGUUAACUGUAGAAGAAAAAGAGCGUUUGCAGAAAGAAGAGAAGCUUUCCAAAGUUGAUGAGAAGAUUAAUCACGCUGCUGAAGAACUGAACACUUACAGACAACGAGCAAAAGAUCUAGAAGAGGAACUGGAAAGAACUGUCCGCUCUUACCAGAAUCUGAUUAUGUCACAUGAGAAGAAAGCUCAUGAUAACUGGCUGACAGCCCGAGCUGCUGAAAGGCACCUCAGCGAUAUAAGAAAAGAAAAUUUGCACAAUAGACAAAAAUUAACAGAAGCAGAAUUUAAAUAUGAUCUUUUGGAAAAAGAUCCUUAUGCUCUUGAUGUUCCAGUUAGAGCAUUUGGCAGAGAGCAAUCCCCAUAUGGACACUCACCAAUGGGCAGACCUUCAUCUGAAACAAGAGCUUUUCUUUCCCCCCCAACCUUAUUGGAGGGUCCCUUAAGACUUUCACCUGUGCUUCCAGGUGGAGGAGGAGGAAGAGGAUCAAGAGGACCGGGGAAUGCUGGCAUAUAUGAAGUUAAUAAUGAAAGAGGCGAGUUGAAUUCUGACAGGUUAUCUGAUCCCCACAGACCACCUUCUGACACUGGGUCUUUGUCACCUCCAUGGGAUCGAGAUCACAGGAUAUUCCCCCCUCCUGCAGGUCACCUCUACAAUGAGCAGUCUCUUCCUCCUCAAAGACCAGAAAGAUUUUAUUCCAGUCCCCCAAACUCUGGAAGGCUUUCAGGACCAGCAGAACUAAGAAGUUAUACCAUGCAUUCAUUUGAUAAAGCAGAUGGACAAGCAUCUGAGAAUAACUCAAGAAUGGACUUAAGUGGAAAUGGAAUAAAAGAUCAUCCCAGUGACAAUAAUAUGCUCAAUGCGUCAGAUCAGUCUCUUGCACCUGGAAUUGUGCCUCCACCACUCCCCUUACUGCGAGCUCCUCUGAUGCCAAUGGACCCAAGAGGGCCUUUCAUGAGAAGAGGCCCUCCCUUUCCACCAGUGCCUCCUAGUGCUGUAUAUGGACCUCGUGAAUAUUUUCCAAGAGAUUUUGCUGGCCUGCCACAUCCUCUACUGCCAAUGAGAGGUCCAUUUCCUGUGAGGCCUUUUUCCCAAUAUCCACCUCCAAGGGCUGGAUUUUUUCCACCACCACCACCUGAUAGCAGAAAUGAAAUGCCUGCUGAAUUAACACAUCAAUCAACUGUGUCUUCUGCUGAUAAUCAAGAAUCACAACAAGAACCUUGACUCUGAUUUGAAGUAGCCCUAUCCUUUCCCCCUCGGUUAUUUGCUGUUAAGUAGCUUUUGUUACUUAACUGUCUCUGUAUUAUUGCUCAAAUUGAAGCUUAACAUAAUACUUCUCAGGAGAGUACCCUGUAAAUAAUUGUCUAACUGUGAAUAAAUUGACUUUCAUUGUAUAGCAGCAACUUUAAAUUAUUUUUAAAUUACAUAUCUAGGAGAUGUAAAAAUUAGUCAUGUGUAAGAACUCUCCAGUUGUUUUGGCCACAUCUGAUCUCAUAGAAAAUCACUGCAUGUGAAAAAAACGCUUAUAACAAAAGGUAUUGGGGGGGGAAAUAAAGGACUUCAAUUA